CGGGCGGGGGGCGCCAGGCGCGGCCGCUGCCUCUGGCUGCACCCGCAGCUCGGCGGCGGAGCCCCCCAGGAGCCCGGCAGACAUGGUGGGCCACCUGCAUCUGCAGGCCAUGGAGGGCAACCUCCAGGGACAGAGCCGCGAGGCCUUGCUGGACAGCCCCGACUCCGGGCUGCCGCCCAGCCCCAGCCCCAGUCCGCCCUUCUAUGCCUCGGAGCCCCCUGGACCUAGUGAGGCUGGCGCGGCAUCCCCUGCGCUCAGGAUGAGGCCCCAUAUGCUGCCUGUGUUCUUUGGGGAGAGCAUCCAGGUGACCCCAGCACCCACGCAGGAGAUCCGCUGCAACUCUGAGAUCAAGUAUGACUCUGAGAAGUACUUCCGGGACAAGAUCUUCUAUGCGCCAGUGCCCACGGUCACGGGCUACAGCGAGACGAUUGUGGCAGCACCCAACUGCACGUGGCGCAGCUACCGCAGCCAGCUGACCCUGGAGCCGCGCCCGCGCGCCCUGCACUUCCACAGCACAGCCAUCGUCUUCCCCAAGUGCGCCAGGAGCACCUUCCGGACCACCGUGCACUGCAGCCUGGGCCGGCCCAGCCGCUGGUUCACCUCCAGUGUGCGGCUGCAGAGCGGUGGGGGCCCUGUGCCUGGCCCCACAGCACUCUGAUGGGCGGGCACCCGGGGAAGGCCGGCGCCUGGGCAGGAAGGAGGCGGCGGCCAGCUGGCUUGGGACCAGCAGGGAAAGGAGGCUGCUCCUGG